AUGGAAAGCUUUGUUUCUUCUUCUGUUUGCCAGGCUGGCGAUCUGACUGAGGAGAAGCCCUUUAAUCUCAGCCCUCCAUUUAGACAAAUCUUGGCCUUUCUUUCAUCGACGAAAAUGAUCGUCCUUCCCCUGCCCGUUGAAAGGCAUAGGGAGAUGUCUAUGUCUAUAAUUAACAAACUUUCCUUGUGUUUGAGGAAUGGGGAAUCUUUCAUAAGAGAAGAGCUGUCAAAAAUAGAUAAAAGCUGGACAGCUGCAUGUUCUGAUUCCUUGCCUCACGUUGUCUAUAUUUUGACAUCGAAGGAUCGUGAAGGUGAAGCCCAAUUUUUGAAGGAGAAGAGUGAUAUUAUCGAGGAUGUUAUGGAUGAAGUUGUGCACGCAUAUCAUGGUGGUUUCAACAAAGCAAUUCAAAAUUAUUGCAAUCCAAUUCAACAAAGCCUGGAUAUGUGCUUCAAAUUGCAGUUACAUUAUGUGCUCCAAGUAGAAGAAGUAUUUGCAUAUGAUGCAGUAAAAACUACUGAAGAAACUCCAAUGGAUGUACGAACACAAGUCAUUGAAAAGGCAAAUCAUCUUAAUAUAAAAGUAACUCCAAUGGAUGUACGGACAUAUGUCAUUGAAUUUUUGAAUCAGCUCAAUAUAAAGUUCUUAUCAUUACUCUCAUUGGCAGCAGCUUGUGCUACGGCUAGUGUCAUCAAUGUCCUCCCCGACAUUAGUGGGUCCUACUGCCCACCAAAGUUUUGCAGCAGGUUGAUCUUCUGAAGAAUGAGGUAGGCUUUGAUGAAGCUUUCAAUUACAAAGAGGUGCCAGACUUAGAUGCAGCCUUGAAAGGCCAGUUUUUGAAAUUCAUAUGCAAUGUGUUUCUAAAAUUUAUCAACAUCAUCAGAGAAAGGUAAAAAUGUCUUUUUUACCAUUUUCUAAAAUUUAUCAUCAUCACCAGAUUUUAAUGUCGAUGAGGUUUGCAUUGCCAUUAUCUUUAAAUCUCCACCUGGGCAUCAAGUUUCCAACUGAUGUUGCUUGGAGAUCCAUUUUAGUGGACCAUAUUUCUAAGUUUUGGCUUUCU